UUGCUUUUUUACUCAAUUGUUUACAUUUCUGUAUCUGAUUUGUUUCAGAAUAAUGAGACAAAGGUUGAAAAAGAGAAUAAGAAUGAAGGCGAAAAGAAGGCGGCGGCUGACGGUGGCGGAAAGAAACACGACAGUCCGAUUCCCGUCGUGUUGAAGCUGGACUUGCAUUGUGAAGGCUGCGCCAAGAAAGUCAAACGCUCCGUUCGCCAUUUCGAAGGAGUUGAGAAUGUAAAAGCAGAUUGUGGCAGCAAUAAAUUGACUGUGACCGGAAAGAUGGACCCCGCAUGGCUCCGAGAGAGAGUUGAAUACAAGACCAAGAAGAAGGUGGAGCUGGUCUCCCCUCAGCCCAAGAAGGACGACGGCAGCGCCGGCUCCGGCGACAAGAAAUCUGAAGAGAAGUCCGAUAAAAAACCAGAAGAGAAAUCCGACAAAAAAUCAGAAGAGAAAAAGGCCGAUGAUAAAAAACCCAAAGAGCCUUCUCCUACUACAGUGUUAAUGAAAAUUAAAUUGCACUGUGACGGAUGUGCGCAUAAAAUAAAGAGAAUUAUAAAUAAGAACAUUGAUGGAGUUGAUUCAGUGUCGACAAAUUUAGAUGAGGAUUUGGUGACGGUUAACGGGACAAUGGACGUAAAGCAUCUUACGGCAUUCUUGAAAGAAAAGCUAAAACGGAACAUAGAAAUUAUUCCUCCAAAGAAAGACGAGAAGGGGAAAGACGGUGGCGAACAGAAAAAGGAAGGAAGUGGAGACAAGAAAGAGGGCGGUGAGAAAAAAGAUGAUGGUGGUGGAGAAGGAAGCAAAAGCGAAGGGACAAAAGUCGAGGUGAACAAAAUGGAAUAUCAGAUGUAUAAUCCGAUUACACAUUAUGCAAAUCCGAUGUACCAUCAAAAUUCUGUCCAUCACGACUAUAAUGCACCAAUGUACAACCAAGGUUAUGCCAAUACUGGUUAUGUGGUACAAUAUUCACAGGGGCCUCCUCUACCACCACCAACCUAUGUGAAUAUAAAUGAUCAAAUGUUUAGCGAUGAAAACCCUAAUGGUUGCUUCAUUAUGUGACGAUGACAAUCUUGUCAUUGAGGGAUAGAGUUCAUGUAUUAAAUUGUAAAUAAAUCAUAGACGAGGUUUAUGAAAAUGGAAUAUAUAUUAAAAAAUAUAUCUGAGGACACUAUUUCAAUGUCAUUGUUUUGUAGAAUUA